GGGGCCCCUCCUCCUCCUCCUCCUUUUAUUCGUCCCACGCCGAGACACCUUCCCCCCUCCGCCCCGCCUCCUUGUCGCUAACUAGAAAAAGGAUGCCGCCUCCUGCCCAGGCUGAGAGAUCGCCCCGGGCGACAGGAAGGGGGGCCCACCGCUCUGAAGGGGAAUCAAGUCUUCUCCAGCGACUGCCCAUUGAUUGAUGGAUGGAUGGAUUGAUUGGCGCAAGAACGUCGUUGAGUUGCAACAGUUUUAAGCCUCGGAGGAAACCAGGGAGCUGUUGGGCGGAGAGAGCGCUUUAGAUGCUCAGACCGAGCAAGCACCGGGGUCUUUUAAAAGAAGAAGAAGGAAAAACAACAACAACAACAACAGGAUGAAGCGGUCGAUUUAGUGGUCGUUGCAUGGAAAGCAACCCCGGCUUGCUGCGCGCGAAGUUGGCAGGAAGCGGCGCGUUUGCUUUCUGCUCCAUUGCCUGGAGAGAGAGAGAGAGAGAGAGAGAGAGAGCAGCUCUUUUCCUUCGGAAAUUGAAGAAUUCCUCCAAGGGGCAAACAAUCGGGAACCGCGAAGGAGGUUUGUGACUUGAAGAGCCCGCGAUUUGCUCCGUCUUUGCUGGUUGGACAGGACGCAAAACCAAAAAAGAAAAAGUGGGGGGAAUGAAGUUCCAGCUUUGUCAAAGUGUCCCACUGGCUCUUUCGGCCGCUUUUCUUUGCUGCUCUUGGGCAGCCGCCGACCUUUGCCCGGUGCCGUCCUAACUUCUCGUCUAGGCCGCGAUUUCCCGUCCCCCUCCCCUCUGACGGAGCAGAAGCAUGGAGCUUGUUCUCUGUCCCUCGUGUCGCAUGAUCCUCCGGGACCCAGUGACUGUCUCUUGCGGCCAUUCCUUCUGCAAGAGAUGCCUGGGCGAAACCUCGCCUCCCGAGUGCUGCCUCUGCGGGGAGAAACUCGGCCUCCUGGGCUCGCGGAAGCUGAGCUCGAACGUCCUGCUCGGGAACUUGCUCGAAAAGGGCUUGGAUACGGCCGCCAAGGUGGCCCAGUUGAAAAGGGACCUGCGGGAGCUGGUGAGCCACGGGGACUUCCAGGAAGCGCUCAGGACGCUUCAGAAGGGAAUCGGCUUGGCUCCAGAUGAUCUUACAUUAAGGCUGUGCAGAUCAGAGCUUUAUGUGGCUUUACAGGAGUAUGAAGGGGCUCUUGAGGAUUUGGAGGUUCUAUGCAAGCAGAAGCCAGAAGAAUGUGAAAUUCUCACAAAUGAUGCCUCCCCUACUCCUGGUACUGUUAUGGAGUUAAAGAACAAUGGCAGUCAGAAUUUGGAAGGUUGCAAUUCAAGGGAACAGUUGACUUUUCUUGGGAGUUUUGAAGGCGAAACCCUACCGAAUAUGAAGAUGCAAAAAGAAAAUUGGCUGGAAGAAACUAUGCCUGAUCAUAGCCAGGCAGCACUUCCCAUGAGGAAGAAAGGCGAGUAUAUCACUAAAUAUUUGGAUGAAGAGGAGGCCUCACCAGAGACUUCAGGAACUAGAUCAGCAGAAACAAAAUCUGUGAAAGACUAUUAUCCAGACUUCAUGGGCUUCCUGACUACAUCAGACUUGGAAUGUUCCCUUUGUAUACGUAUGUUUUAUGAACCUGUCACGACACCAUGUGGCCACACCUUCUGCAAAGAGUGUAUGGAGCGUUGCUUAGACCACCGGCCCGCCUGCCCACUUUGCAAGCAAAGCCUGCAAGAGUAUCUGAAAGCUGGAAAAUACAAUACUACCAUUCUGCUUGAAGAGCUGAUGACGACAGUCUUCCCUUCACAACUGGCAGAAAGGAAACUAGUCCACCAAGCUGAAAUGGUAGAACUUUCAAACCUAAACAAGAAUAUCCCCAUCUUUGUGUGCACCAUGUCAUUUCCAGGUCUCGUCUGUCCUCUUCAUGUGUUUGAACCUCGCUAUCGACUCAUGAUGCGAAGAUGUCAUGAGACUGGCACAAAGAUGUUUGGCAUGUGCAUGUAUGAAAAUGGAAAAAACUUUGCUGACUAUGGCUGCAUACUGGAGAUUCAGAAAAUAGCAUUUUUCCCUGAUGGACGAUCAUUGGUGGACACUAUCGGCAAGAGGAGGUUUCGAGUUUUGAGACGAGGGCACAGAGAUGGCUACCACACUGCAGAUGUUGAAUACUUGGAAGACGAGAAGAUGGAAGGAGAAGAACAGACUGAGCUCCAGAAUUUGCAUGAUUGUACCUAUGAGCUAACCCAGAGAUUUUAUGAACAUGGGGGCAGGACUUUCCGACAGCUUGUGAUGCAUCAUGGACCACUUCCGGAAAAAGAGGAAGACAUACAGGCAUCGCCAGAUGGACCAGUUUGGUGUUGGUGGCUUAUAUCUGUCUUGCCCCUUGACUUGACCCACAAGUUGACCAUUUUUUCUGAAACGUCCUUGAAGGCACGCCUCACCCAACUAAAACAUAUUCUGAACAUCAUUCUGGAAAGUCGUGACUACAGCAAUUAAUACUCAGACUUGUCACAAGGAAGUUUUACAUAACAUAGAAGGCAGGGAAGUGGGACUUCUGGAGAAGAAAUGACAAACUGCAGAUGGCUUGGCAAAAAAUGGAACUGACAACCACAGAGGAAUGAACUGGCGAAUAGUCCAGCUCUUCAUAAUUCUUCUCCAGCCAAGGAGAGAUUUGAGAUUGCCCAUAAGUGCUCUAUACAGUUGCGCCUCAUAAUGCCAAUCUGGUGCCCUCCAGAGGUCCUGGGACUGCAAUUCCUAGAACUUCUAGCCAGCAUGGUUGAUUGGGAAAUUCUACAAGUUGUGAUCCCAGCACAUCAAGUGGAUGCUAGGUUAGGGUGGUCAAAGCCUUAACAUCUUUAUUUCCCUCUUUAUUGUGAUUAUUUUGUUACUGUAAAACUGACUUCAGUUAUAGUCCUUGAAUGAGGACCCUGAAACUGGUCUGCAGUUGUAGCAAGAUUUACUACAAUGGUAUGUAGUAGUAGCAAGAUUUUUUUGAAUGGGUUUUGGACCGACGGGGAUAAAAGAUUCAGUAGUAAGAUUGAAUUGUAUUCAAGUGAACAUAUUUCAAAGCACCUUACACUAUGAGAAUAGGAAAUAAAACUACAAACACUGGGACUUCCUGAGGAAAUUUGCCUUAUAUCAUAUAUUGAUGUUUGCAUGGGACUCUUCAGCAUAUUUUUCAUAAUGUAUGAUGUUCUUUCUUUCCAAGUUAUGUAACUCACUGCUAUUGAUUGUAGGGUAAAAGCCAACUCAGAAAUGAGGAACAUGACAGAAGGGCUGAUUUUCUUUCCUGUAUUUUAUUCUGAUUGCUAUUUAAUGAAGAAUUUCAAAAGGGAUCAGAUACAAUGACUUAUGCUGUUAUAAAAGGUAGAUUAGAAUACUUCUAUAAGAGAAAAAAGAUUUAAAAGCUGAUUGGGAUAGAUAAUGUGUAGUUACCCAGAUGUUCAGGAAGUACAAUGAUUUCUUACCAUUUGGAGAGCUAUACUUUCCCAUCAGUCUAAAGCAGGCCACUUUAAAGAUUUAAUUUACAGAAAAUGCCUAAAAGGAAACCUGAAAAUGAAAAUUAAAUUGUAGACAAUUCUGAUGGGAUGAAGUGAAUAGCUAGAGAACUAACUACGACCUAAAAUGUAUAAUUCAGGAAUCAAUCUAGGUUUCAAGACACUUAGAUGGCAGAGUAUUCAGCUGAACCAAUCUGCUGCAUAAUUGUACAUAUUAUUAGACAAAUUACUGUGAAUAUAUAAAGUUUGAUAUGCAUGUAUGUAAUAUUAACUGAACAUGUACACAUAGUUUAGUAUAGGGAAUGUCUGAAUAGUUCAUGAAAGGUCAAUCAUUCGUUCACGUUUAAGAAGUCAUGGGAUUUUUAAAACAACAGCUGCUAAAGCGAUUGGUUUGUAAAAUUUGCCAAAGAUCAGAAUUAUUUUUAGAUAAAAUGUUUUUGUGCUCCAGCUUCAAGAAUAUGGAUUCUGAGAAUGAACAGCACUGUACAAUACAGGUAGGCCUCAAUUUACGACCAUAAUUGGGACUGGAACUUAUGUUGCUAAAGUGAUGUCAUAAAAUUACCCAAUUUGAUGAUCUUUUUUUGCAGCAAUUGUUAAAUGUAUCCAGCUUCCCCCAUUGACUUUGCUUACCAGAAGCUGACUGGGAAGGUUGCAAGUGCUGAUCCCAUGACCCUGGGAUCCUGGGAUUGUGAUAAAUAAAUGCUGGCUCUCCAGCUCCAAAAUUACAAUCAUAUGACUGGGGAAACUUAUGGUUAUAACAUAAGGAUCAGCCAUAAACCACUUUUCCCCCCAAUACGGUUGUAACUUCAGAUGGUUCCUAAAGGAAUAGUUCUAAGUUGAGGACUAACUCUAUUUUUUUUUUUUUUGGCAGAUUUUAAGCCUGCUGUGAUAUAUAGCUGUGUUUGCUGUUAGUUGUACUUAAACGUACACUCCUUAUAACAAUAUGUUUACGUAAUUUAAAAUUGGCUUGCCAAAAAGAAUUAAAACACUGUAGAUGAAGGGCAUAUGCUACAUUAUCAUUGAAGCUGCUCCACUCUUGUGCUUCUUCUGGUUUGACUGUUAAGUGGUUUAAGAAAAUUCUGUUCAGACUCAGAUACUUUGUCAACAAAUUGCAAAGUAUUCAAUCUGGACUAUAGGUUAUCAUGUCCUCCCAUUGGACAAUUCCUCUUGUGCCUGCCUACCAUUCUGUAUCAGACAAACAAUGGCCAGUCAUUUUCUUUUCUCUGGAUGGAUCGUCUUAAAGAGAUAUGUUAAAAAUAUAACUUGGAGAGAGUGUUAAAAUGCUGGACUUGGACAGAGGAGAGCCAGAUUUUAAUGCUUCCUUAGAUAUAAAAACUGGAUCAGUGUCUUUGGGCUAGUCACUGUCAGCUCACUCAGGAAGUUGAAAACAUUUAUCCACCAAUGCACAAUGGCUGGUAUGGUGACCAACAACCUUUAAUGAAGAGACCUUCGUUCUGCAAUGAAUUGCUUUGGGAUAAUAAUGCACACACAUACACAAACAAACAUCCUAAAACAUAAAAGGAGGAAGGCUUUCACUGCAGCCUCUCAAUGGCCUUGUAGAUUAAUUUGGCUGCUUAAUUGCUGAUUGUGAAGGUUUUCUACUUCAAAUGACAAAUUAAUGAAAUGGUGGAAUUAUUAAUGAGAACGGAUAAAUAAAUGGAAAUGAGGGAAACCUGGAAAAGCUUUUUAAAAGAGCAGUUUUCUUUGGGGUGUCAAACCAGAAUUCUGAGUGAACAAGACAAUUAUUUCACUGAUUAUACUGUCGUAACAAGAUAAGAAGAAAGCUUUAAAAGCUAUUAGAACUAAUGCUAAGGAUUGGUUCAAUUGAAGAAAUGGUCCUUCUUCUGCAGAGUAUCCAGUUGACCUUCAGCUGCAGCAAAAUAAAAGCAUCUUGGCACAAAUAGAAAAGGUCAACUAAAAAGAUACUCCUUUGGUCUUUUUAGCUGCCAGAAAAGGGGACUGGGGGGAAACUACAUUCUUUAAAUGCCUAGGCCCUAGAUAAUCACCCCGGCAGCCCUGUCAGAGCCGUAAGAAAGUUAUU